UCUCCCUCAGAGGCAUCAGCGGCAUUUUGCUCGGGAUCUUUUUUUGUUGGAAUGGGUAUUUUAGAUUGUGCUGUUUCUCGACACACUUUACCAACCUUUUUAUUAUAUCUAUGCUGUAUAUUUGGACCGUCCCUCGGCACUGAGCUGAGUUUUUUAACAUGCGGAUCUGUCAUUAAACUGUUAAAUGUAAAGCACAAUGUGAGACUUCACUCGCACGACGUACGCUACGGCUCCGGUAGCGGGCAGCAGUCUGUAACAGGGGUGAUGACGAUAGAGGACAGUAACAGCUACUGGAGUGUCCGUGGGACAUUGGACACCUUGUGCCAUCGGGGCACCCCGGUCAAGUGUGGGCAAGAUAUCCGUCUCACCCAUGUCAACACAGGCCGUAACCUGCACAGCCACUACUUCGCCUCCCCGCUGUCCUCCAACCAGGAGGUGAGUGCGUUUGGGGACGACGGGGAGGGGGACCACCUGGACGAGUGGACGGUUCAGUGUGGGGGAUCUGUGUGGAAGCGAGAGGAGGCCGUCCGCUUCCGUCACAAACCCACCGAUGCAUUUCUGUCAGUGACGGGGGAGCAGUACGGGCGGCCGAUCAACGGUCAGAGGGAAGUUCACGCCAUGGCAGACCCCAGCCAGCACAGCCUGUGGAAGGCCAUGGAGGGCGUCUUCAUGAAGCCCAGCGAGAUCCCCACGGGCAGCCGGGACUACAGCCACCUCCACACAGAGUUCUGAGCUUCACUUUUCUUAUUUCUCCCUUCCUAUCGUCCCAUCUGUUUACCAUCGUUCUCCUACCUCUGUCCCGAAUAAAAAAGUACCAGCAACUUAUCUAAUUUAUCCCUCCCAUCAACUUUGACUUUCAUAUUUCCAGGCGAUUUUCCCAAAGUCUUUACAUGGAACAGGUUACAAUGACUUCAAAUGAUCAAUCCAUCCUCUCUCUUACAUGUUUUAGGAAACACUACUUGAAUCCUCCAAGAUCCAUCAGCUACACUCAAAACUUUAAUAGAAUGAUAGUUUGCCUUAACAGGGGCAAGAAGACAUAAAAGUAUGAAAACUGUACAAAGACUAAUCUUUGUGAGGCUUUACGUCCUCUUAGCUGUUAUUUAUUGUUAGAAACUUGCCAUCAGAAGACACAACGCAACUCAGAAGGCAGGAGGGUUUUGCAGUUAAGUAGAAUAAAGUCAUCAAGUGAGUGUUGUGUUUUGUAAGACUUUGUUACAUUGUUACACUUGUGCCUUUAUCCUUUUUAUAGCUUUUGGAAACAAGCAUUUUUUUGUGUUUUUUAAGGUAUUUGUUAGUCAUAUCCCACUCAAACAAUUUAUAAGCAGUGUUACCAGGAUAAAUAAUUUCCCCCCCUGUAAAUCAGAUUCAGUGUUGCGUAUGAAGGAUCCAACACCAACUUACAUGAGAGUGUACGCAGAUUAAUCUGUUAAGGUAGUUUUUUUAAAUAUGAUUUUGAUCAGUUUGCUGUGUGCUGGGAGAAGUACCAUGUCAUGCUGUCUCUGCAGUGGAUGUGUUAGAUCAACUGAAUGUGUUAGAUCAACAGUCAUGCAAUGAAUACCUAAUAUUAAAUGAUUUGUAUGCAUUUAA